GGUGGCAAGGAGAGAGGCUUGUCUGAGACUAUGGACCUAUGUUACUGCCACAUGAGGAGUGAUGUGAGGUGUGGCAGCCAGUUCUGGUUAGGAUUGCUGCUUUCACCCUGAAGUGGGACAAGGGGAAGACUUUUGGAAGGAUAGUGAACAGGUCGCAGAUGGCUUGAUGAUGGCGGUAGCCGAGACUGUGCACCAUAUCCACCUCCAGAACUUCUCCCGCUCCCUGCUCGAGACCCUCAACGGGCAGCGGCUGGGUGGCCACUUCUGCGAUGUGACUGUUCGUAUCCGCGAGGCCUCUCUGCGUGCACACCGCUGCGUGCUGGCCGCCGGCUCACCCUUCUUCCAGGACAAGUUGCUACUGGGCCACUCGGAGAUCCGUGUGCCACCCGUUGUGCCUGCGCAGACCGUCCGCCAGCUCGUAGAGUUCCUUUACAGCGGCUCGCUGGUGGUGGCACAGGGAGAAGCGCUGCAGGUUCUCACGGCUGCGUCUGUGCUACGCAUCCAGACGGUCAUUGAUGAAUGCACACAGAUCAUCGCCCGCGCCCGCACCCCUGCCCCUGGUGCCCCCACACCUGCACCCCUGCCCGCCCCCAUUCCCCCGCGGCUCGCACCCGCGCAGCUGCGCCAUCGCCUGCGCCACUUGCUGGCCGCCCGCCCUGCGGGCUACUCCGGUGCCGCACAUAGCCGCAAGCAGCGCCAGCCUGCGCGCCUCCAGCUGCCCGCGCCCCCAGUGCCGGCCAAGGAGGAAGGCGCUGAGGCCCCCCACAUCCUGCCUGCUGCCCCGGAGGAUCGAGGGGAUGAUGAAGAUGAGGAAUCCGAAGACGAUUCCUAUGGUGAGGAUGGUGAAGGCAGUGGGCUGGGUGAGGGCCAGGCGCCCCCGCCCUUUCCGGAUUGCACCACUGGCUUCCCUGCCACCACCGCUACAGUCGCCGUUGCCACCGCCACCACCGACAGCGUCCACAAGGAGGAGCCGCUGGGGUCCUCUGGCAUCUCAGAUUAUAGUGGCGCUACCCGAGUUUUCCACCGGGGCACUCCUGCUGAGGAGGUGUUCUCUGAUGGCUAUGUGUCAGCCUGGCAGGAUGAAGACGGCGCCACCGCCACUGCCGCUGUGGCUGCAGAGAGCUGCCCUGCUGAGACUCCCAUCCCACCUGACUGCAUCCUGGCAGGACCCCAGCCACCAAGUGUGAAGACACCGGGAACUCCACUCACCCUCUUCCCCUUCCACCUGGGCUCCCCAGGCCCACCCGGACAACCUCCUCCAGGGCCUGCUGGUGCUGCCCCUGCGCCCCCACCAGCCUUCUACCCAGCACUUCAGCCCAGCACUGCUCCCAGCGCACCUUUGGGGGAAGCGCCCCCUCCUGCUGCCGCCGCCACCUCAGCAGCUUGUGCGCGCAACCCCCGAGCAGAGCCGCCCGCUUAUGAAUGCAGUCACUGUCAAAAGACAUUCAGCUCCAGGAAGAACUACACGAAACACAUGUUCAUCCAUUCUGGUGAGAAGCCCCACCAGUGUGCAGUGUGCUGGAGAUCUUUCUCUCUGCGUGAUUACCUACUCAAGCAUAUGGUGACGCACACUGGCGUGCGCGCCUUCCAAUGCGCCAUCUGCGCCAAGCGUUUCACCCAGAAGAGCUCGCUCAACGUGCACAUGCGCACUCAUAGGCCCGAGCGAGCACCCUGCCCUGCCUGCGGCAAGGUCUUCUCACACCGCACGCUACUUGAGCGGCACCUGGCGGCACACCCUGCCCCGUGACCGGGCCAGGGACCUGUCCACGUCUUCCUCCUGCUUCUAUCAUUUCCUCCCAGACCUGAUGAGACUGGCUCCUGGUUUCCCCCUCUACAUACUCGGCCCCUAUGAACAAAAUGGAGACUGGGACUGUUCCCUGUCCUGUGUGAGGCCACGGUUCCCGACUCUCACCCAAGACAGCCCUCCUUCAUCUGACUCCUAAGGGGGCUCAGGUUCACUCAUCUGGGACUGGGGCUGGGGUGGCCUCCACUUUGUAAUAAAGGACUGUGGGUCAUAAGCCCCAAUGAUGGAUGCUGUGAAAUCCUGGACUAGGAGUCCCCCUAUCCCAGACUGGCUGGGGAUGCAAAAAAAUUUUUUUUUUCUCUUUUGUUUUGAAGCAUCCCUGGCAGUGCUUGGGGCUUAUUCAUGGCUCUGCUCAGGGAUCACUCCUGGCAGGGAUUAGGAGAUCAUAUGGGAUGCUGGUGAUUGAAUCUGGGUUGGCCACUUGCAAACUAAACAGCCU